CUUUCAUUUCAGGUGACCAAAAUAUACUAAUUACCAUUCCGCAUUGCCAGUUUCCUCUGCCGAAUAAUGCGCUACACUUUUCUCCUCACUGGCACUGCACUCCUCUGCCUCCUCACCAAUGCCCAGGAUGACGCUUCAGGCACCCCGGCUGGCGAUGUCGGAGACAUAGUGUGUGCGACAGCAACACAAGAAGUAUCACACAUGCCGUAUCCUGGAGAUGGCACGAAAUGGAUAAAAUGCGAUACCGAAAAUGGCGGCACCGCUAUAGUCUACACCUGCGAUGAAGGGUUAUCAUUUAGCUUUGAGGUCCAGACAUGUGUCUGGCCGGACCAAUCAGAAGAUAUGGCUGGCUUUUGAACAUAGUACACCCAAUACUAUGAGUUUGCCUUGCUCACGCUCUGACAAAGGGAAUACUCUUAUCUAACGAAAGAUAGGACUGAUUCUGUUCAUUUGAAAUAUCGUGGAGGGUAAUGGGUGUGUUUUCUUGACAAGGAUGGGG